UAAUAAAUUGUAAUAUUAAUGCUAGGUUGGAAAUAGCAAAUAUUCUUUAUAUAAUUUAAUAGGUUUUAUUCCUGUGUAAUGUGUAUGCACUGCCCUACUCGAAACUAGGUCACUACUGCUUAUCUUUAUCAGUGCUAUCUGCAUAGUACAAUACUGGUUCAAUACUACUUCUCUAUUGUAGAAUAUAGCUGAUGAAUGUAUGUGUACAGACAGGCUUUUUAUAUAGAGCACCUAAACUAUUAACCCUGAACCUUUCAAAUUCUCACAAUUCAAAGGACUAUUUAUAAAAACCAGUUACCAGUCAGCCUAUUUCUAUUUCGAAAUUUAUUAUUCUUUAAUACUGUGGAUUGAACUAAAAUCAUAUAAUACAACCCAUUUAAUAGACUAUUUUUAGCAGAUAAAACCAGUUUUUUGGGUGUACAACGCUGAAAUAUUUGUAGACACCUCUAUUUGUUAAUCUGAACUUGAGUAAAUUGUCAUAAAACCUAAGAUGGAUGAAUUAGACCUUAAAAAGGCUAUGCAAUUCUUAAUAAGUCCAAAAAAUUCUGUUCAAGAAGUUUCAAGUUUUUAUGAAUCAUGUGCUGGUAUUUAUGAAAAUUUGACAGAAACCCUGUUCUUUCCUGUUGAAGUUUGUGUACAGACAGCCAUUAAAUAUAAUAGUGACAGGAACUGUGUUAUAGUUGAUGCUUGUUCUGGAACAGGUCGAGUUGGCAGAGAGUUGCUUAACCAAAAUUAUAAGAAUGUUGAUGCUAUUGAACCUUCAAAAAGUAUGAUUGAAAAUGGAUUUAAAGGCUAUAGAAAUAUCUUUCAAAAAUUUAUAACAGAAGAGCCCAUCAAUGAAAUUAAAGCCAACACCUAUGAUCUAUGUACAAUGCUUGGAGGACUGGCUUAUGGUCAUUUUCCACCUAAUGGGUUUGAUGAGAUUGUAAGGAUCGUUAAAAAAGGUGGUUUUGCUGUGAUAGCAAAUACUUAUUUUUACCUAGAAAAUUCACCUGAAUAUUGGGAUGGAAUUCAAGAAAAGUUGAAACAAUUGGCAAAGGAUGGUUUUAUUGAAGAAAAAGAGCGUCAAAUUAUAGAUUACUUGGAUGAUGAUAAACAAGUAUUGCUACUUGUAUUUAAAGUUAUUUAAAAGAUACAGUUGAUACUGAUACUGUUUGUAGACAUAAAGAGAACAUCAGUAUCAAUUUAUAAUUCAUCUAACAAUUAAAAUGCACAGUUUCUUAGAAUUAUACAAUGUUUAAAUGAUGAAAGGGAAAAAAGGAAUGGAAAAUUAAUGCAAUAGAUAAAACCUCAUUGGCACUAUAAAUCCAAAAGAAUAAUAUCUAGAUGACUGAUAAUCUUUAAAACUUUAAUAUCCUAACAAAUAUUUUAUUGGUUUAAUUAUUAAAAUAAAAUAUAUUCAGUUGUAUUGUA